AUGAGAUUUAGCAGCACUGUCGUCGUCAAUGCCAUUUGGCUGACAAGCCUGGGCACCCCAGUUGCUGCUCACCCUUCUAAAGGCCUCAAAGGCCCCGAGCUGAAGCAUUGGCCCAAGGACGCCGCCAAGGCACUCAACAAGAUGAUUGCCGCCAAUGCCAACUCUGGACGCUACGCGGUCUUCGACAUGGACAACACCAGCUAUCAAUUCGACCUGGAGGAGUCUCUGCUUCCAUACCUCGAGAACAAGGGUGUUAUCACACGCGAGACAAUGGACCCUACUCUGAAGCUUGUGCCUUUCAAGGACACCAAGAAGCACAAGGAGUCGCUGUACAGUUACUACCUGCGCCUCUGUGAGAUUGAGGAUGCUGUGUGCUAUCCCUGGGCUGUGCAGAUCUUUUCUGGUAUCCCCCUGGGCAAGCUCAAGGGUUACGUUGAUGAGUUGAUGGCGCUGAACACGACCAUCCCUACUACUUAUUACGAGGAUGACAAGGUUACUGCUACUGAGGUUUCUCCCCCCAAGAUCUUUGAGGGCCAAGUUGAGCUAUACAACCGCCUCAUGAACAACGGCAUCAAGGUCUACGUCGUCAGCGCUGCCUCUGAAGAGUUGGUGCGCAUGGUGGCCUCGGACAAGAAAUACAAGUACAACGUCCCUCCCGAGAACGUGAUUGGUGUCUCUGUUUUCCUCAAGACCAAGAAGGGCGAGAUCACCACUGCUCGCAAACAAAUUGAGGAUGGCACAUACUCUGUGAAGACCCAAAAGCAGAACCUCGACGCCGAGAUGACACCCUGGCUGUGGGCCCCUGCAACCUGGAAGGCGGGCAAAUGGGCGGCCAUUCUUACUUACAUCGAUGAGUGGAAGAAGCCUAUUCUUGCUGCUGGUGAUACCCCCGAUAGUGACGGCCCCAUGAUUUUCCACGGCGUUGAUGUUGCACGUGGUGGUAUUCACCUGUGGGUUGACCGCAAGGAUGCAUACAGAGAGCAGAUUAACGGCAUGAUCAAGAACUUCACCAUCGCACAGAAGAAAGAAGGACUACCGGUCACAGCCAACAAGAACUGGGUUUUCGUCAAGCCCACGGAUCUUAAUGACAAGUAA